AUGUCUACAAGAGAAAAUGUCUGGACAAAUAAUGGCGGUAGAUUUUCCCCAGCAUUACUUGCACGAGCUCGUAAUUUGGCAGCGGAACAUGAUAGAUUGAGUAACGAGACCUCCGAGACCUUCAACGCGAAGAUAGCAAAACGAAUUGGCGAAUUACAAAAUGUAACAACGGCGCUGAGGAAAUGGGAAAAAACAAAAGAAUCACUAUCAGAGCUAGAUGCACUAUUGAAGGAUUCAUCUACCGACGAAGAACUACGAGAAUUAGCACUUGAAGACCUCACCACGACGACUGCACAUCUCGAGGAAUUAUCCCGAAUUAUUACGACCAGUCUUACCCCCAAACAUCCCUUCGCGGAACUACCAUGCCUCGUCGAAAUUCGACCUGGAGCUGGAGGAGGUGAAGCUGCUCUCUUCGCCGCGGAUCUCCUACGUAUGUAUCGCGCAUAUUGCCUACGAAAACGAUUCCGCUCCACAAUCAUCAAAUACGAAACCAUCGAUGGCGAAGGUGCAGGCUCCGACGCGCCCAUUGCCGAAGUCGUGCUCGAGAUCGAAACAUCGGGAUCGUACGAUUCCCUUCGCGGCGAGGCGGGCAUUCAUCGAGUCCAACGAGUUCCUGCGACGGAAAAACAAGGGAGAACACAUACUAGUGCAGUGAGUGUAAUGGUGUUACCUAGUUUCCCUACGACUGGACAAGAGGGGCAGGAAUAUUGGGAGGCGGAUUUGAAUGAUCCAAAUAGUGAUUACUAUGUCAACCCGACGGAUGUGCGGACGGAUGUUAUGAGAGCGAGAGGAGCGGGUGGUCAACAUGUUAACACGACUGAUUCGGCGGUUCGAUUAACGCACGUACCGACCAAUACGGUGGUUAGUAUGCAAGAAGGUCGAAGUCAGCUUCAGAAUCGACAGAAGGCGUGGCAAGUAUUGCGGUCGAGGCUGGCGGCUACAAAAAGAGAAACCAGAGAAGAGCAACUAACUACUCUGAGGAGGAGUGUGAUUGGAGUGGCGAAGAUGGGGAGAGGUGAUAAGAUUAGGACGUAUAAUUGGGGACAGCAGAGAGUUACGGAUCAUAGAAGUGGUUUGAGUGUGCAUAACCUGGAUGAUGUUAUGGAGGGCGGAGAUGAACUUGAGAAAGUCAUUGAUAGUGUCAAGGCUUGGUUUUUGGAGCAGGAAAUUCUAGGACUACUUGCUGAUGAGGAGGCUGCAAGUAGUUCAAAAUAG